CGGGAAGGCAGCGUGGAUCUGAGCCCGACUGAGCGGGAACCCAGCGGCGCGCGCAGGAGUGAUGGAGACUCAGCCCUCAUAGUUCAUGGAACUUAUCUUCUGAGAGGGGAAUCCACUACCCAGCCGUUUAGGAUUUUCCCUCGACAUAUGUGCUCCUUUUGGGGGAACAGCAACCCCGACCGGAAGGUUAUAUUUUGGGAGAGGAGAGAUUUUGCGACCACUCGUCUCUCCUCCUCCUCAUCAUCAUUCCUGACUCAUCGCGACCCACCGGGGCGAUCGUCUCCACCUGGAAGUGGGAUUCUGAAACAUUGUUGAAGAAUUGUUUGACGUCCUCCGGGCGCCCCGGGGCUGGAGCGCGGCAGCAUGGAGCCGGUUCCGGUGGGAUGUAGAGAUGAUGUUUUGGGGAUGCUGAGAAGGUUCGAGACGGGAGGACUGUACCUGCUGCUGCUUUGCGGGCUGCUGACUGUUCACACCGCAGCUCACGAUGCCUCUUCAACUUCCUCCAGUCUAGGAGGGUUUGUGGACUUAACAUUCACCAAGGAGCCUCAGGACACAAUAACAGUACGAGGUGGCGUGUUGCAACUUGACUGCCAGGCACACUCGGACUCCUCAGCCGGACCGCCCGCCAUCACGUGGCGUAAGGACGGCGUGUUGCUAAGUACGUUAGUCGACGACAGAAGACAAGAACUGGCCAACGGCUCACUUUUAGUGCAGAAUGUUGUGCACUCGCGGCAUCACCGGCCUGACGAAGGAGAAUACCAGUGUCUUGCUUCGCUGGAGGGAGUGGGAAGUAUCGUGAGCCGAACCGCCAGAGUCACAGUUGCAGGUCCACUGAGAGUCGUCGUCCCCACCGAGUCGGUGUCAUCAUACCUCGGGGACACGGCUCUACUCCGCUGCGAGGUGUCGGGUGACCCCAAGCCUAUCAUUCGGUGGCAGAAAAACAGGGAGGAUCUGCCACUGCUCUUUGACCCAGACUCCCGACUUGCUGCGCUGCCUUCCGGCACUCUCCAAGUUAGCCGAGUCCAACCUCCUGACUCGGCCACGUACCGCUGUCUGGCUGACAACCCAAGCAGCACCAGGACAGGAACAGAUGCUGAACUGCGCGUGCUACCAGAACCUGGAGUGAGCAGAACCGUGCAGUUCCUUCAGCGCCCAUCCAGAGUAACUGCUUUGCUUGGAACGGAUGCUGUCCUGGAAUGUUCCGCCUCAGGAUACCCAACUCCAGGCAUCCAGUGGAGGAGAGGGGAUGAACUGAUCCAGACCUGGAAUAAGAAGUAUUCUCUGCUGGCUGGCAGCAACCUGAUCAUCAGAAGUGUCACAGACGACGACUCUGGCAGUUACAGCUGCACCGCUGCCAACAAGAACCACAACAUCACAGCAAGCGGCGAGCUCAGCGUGCUGGUUCCUCCUCAGUUUCUCAACUAUCCCACCAACACGUUUGCUUAUGAAUCCACCGACAUCGAGCUGGAAUGUGCUGUGACCGGUAAUCCGCCACCGACUAUCCGCUGGAUGAAAAACGGAGAAGAAGUCAUCCCCAGUGACUAUUUCCAGAUUGUUGAUGGCAGCAACCUGCAGAUUUUGGGUCUGGUGAAGUCAGACGAGGGCUUUUAUCAGUGUGUUGCAGAAAACUCUGCUGGCAGUUCACAAGCAAUGGCUCAACUGCUGCUCAGAGAGCCAGAGGCCACACCCACUCAGUAUAGAGCCGUCCACACACCUUCUCCUCUUCCUGAUCCACCUGCUCCUUCUGGCACCCCUUUGACUUACACCUCCUCCUCUGAUCCCCCACCAGUGUCCCCAAGCCCAGGCGUUGCCCUCCCCUCUGCCCCUCGCGACUUGGUCCCUGUCCUAGUGUCCAGCCGAUUCGUCCGACUUAGUUGGCGCCCCCCAGAGGAGACCGGAGGAUCUGUACAGACUUAUGGCAUUUAUUAUUCCCAGGAUGGAGUUGAAAGAGAGCGGUCAGUGAACGUGUCGGAGCCAGAGUCACUGGAGCUGACUGUGUCCAACCUGAAGCCAGAGGAGGGCUACAGUUUCAGGGUCAUCGCCUACAAUGACGUGGGACCAGGAGAGAGUUCCACCCCGCUGAGGAUCACCACCAAACCAGACCUCCAGGUGCCCAACAGAGUAGAGUCUUUCCGGGCUGAUGCUUUGUCUCCAACCUCAGUCCAAGUGAGCUGGGAGCCUCCUGCACAACCAAACGGGCCUGUUGUGGGCUACAGGUUGCUUUGGAUUGAGACGCCAUCCGGGAAAGAACAAAAUGUGGAUGUUAACGGACUCAACUACAAGAUGGAGGGUCUCAACAAGUUUACAGAGUACAGAGUCCGUGUUUUGGCAAUCAACCGCUAUGGACCUGGUGCCGCUUCAGAAACAGUGGUGGUCACCACUCUAUCGGACGUGCCCAGUGCUGCACCUCAGAACAUCACGCUGGAGGUCGUCCUGUCCAGGAGUGUAAAGGUGUCGUGGCAGCCGCCGCCACACGGCACACAUAAUGGACUCAUCAGUGCCUACAAGAUCAAGUACAGGAAGACCGGUCGUCGUGGAGACCAGGAGGCAAUUGAGCCAAACAACUUCUGGUACCUUUUCACCGGUCUGGAGAAGGGCAGCCAGUACAGUUUCCAGGUGUCAGCGAUGACAGAGAACGGAACAGGUCCAGCAAGUGACUGGUACACCGCUGAGACACCAGAGAACGAUCUGGACGAGAGCCAGGUGCCGGACCAGCCCAGUUCCCUCCACGUCAGACCCCUGCCCAACAGCAUCAUCAUGUCCUGGACCCCACCGCUUAGCCCCACCAUCCUGGUUAGAGGCUACAUCAUUGGCUAUGGUGUGGGAAGUCCGUACGCAGAGACGGUCCGAGUGGACAGCAAGCAGAGAUACUACUCCAUCGAAAAUCUGGAGCCAAGCUCGCACUACGUGAUUUCCCUGAAGGCGUUCAAUAACGCAGGCGAAGGAGUUCCUCUUUACGAGAGUGCCGUCACUCGAUCCCUGACAGACCCCAUUGAUCCAUCUGAGGACGACCUCUUCCACCUCUUUGAUAAAUACCCCACUCCCAUGCCAGACACCAGCACUCCCAUGAUCCCUCCAGUGGGGGUCCAAGCAGUUGCACUCUCAUCUGACUCAGUCCGCGUCUCCUGGGCGGACAACUCCAUGACCAAAAACCAGAAGUCUUCUGAGGUCCGCUACUAUUCAGUCAAGUGGAAGACCAGCUACUCCACCAGUGGCAAGUACAAGUCCGCAGACACAACUGCCCUCAGCCACACGGUCACCGGCCUCAAACCCAACACCAUGUACGAGUUUGCUGUCAUGGUAACCAAAGGUCGGAAGUCCAGCACCUGGAGCAUGACAGCACACGCUACCACCUAUGAAGCAGCACCGAGCUCGGCCCCAAAAGACUUGACUGUGAUCAGUAGAGAAGGACGACCUCGAGCCAUUCUCAUCAGCUGGCAGCCGCCGAUGGAAGCCAACGGACGAAUCACAGGUUACAUUCUGUACUACACACUGGAAAAGAACAUGCCGAUAGAUGACUGGGUGAUGGAGACCAUAGGAGGUGACCGACUGACUCACCAGGUUGCUGACCUGAACCUGGACACGGUGUAUUACUUCAGAAUACAAGCAAAGAACGCCAAAGGAGUUGGCCCCCUUUCUGACCCCAUCCACUUCAAGACGGCCAAAGUGGAACAUCCAGACAAAAUGGCCAAUGACCAAGGUCGAGGAGGAGACAACGCUUACUGGCCUUCUGACACCAACCUGAUUGACAGAAGCAGCAUAAAUGAGUCUCCCAUUGGUCAGAUGCGCCCCCCUCACGGCAGCGCCACGCCUCAAAAGAACAGCAACCUUCUGGUCAUCAUCGUGGUGUCCGUAGGGGCCGUGACUGUUGUGGUGGUGGUCAUCGUGGCGCUCAUCUGCACCAGACGCACGUCAGCCCAGCAGAGGAAGAAACGAGCCAGCCACAGCGCCAGCAAGAGAAAAGGCAGCCAGAAAGACCUGAGACCUCCUGACCUCUGGAUCCACCACGAGGAGAUGGAGAUGAAGAACAUCGAGAAAGCCCCAAGCGUCGCUCCGUCUGGACACGACUCUCCCAUCCAGUCCUGCCAAGACCUCCCCCAGGUCGCCCACAGCCAAUCGGAGAGCCAGAUGGGCAGCAAGAGCAGCUACUCAGGUGCAGAUGGUGACGAGGCAUCCAGCAGCAUCUCCACGUUAGAGCGCUCCAUGGCUGCCAGGAGGGGAACACGUGGCAAGAUGAUGAUUCCAAUGGACUCGCAGCCCAGCAACACACCGGUGGUCAGUGCCAUCCCAGUGCCGUCUCUGGACUCAUCACAGUAUCCCGGGAUUUUACCUUCACCUUCCUGUGGCUUCACUCACAACAAGUUCAGUUUGAGACCGAUGCCGUUCCCCAGCCUGACGGUCGACAGGGGAUACACUCCAGUGAUGUCUUCAGACUCAGCCACCAAUCCUCUCCUCCAGCAGCAGUCCCCACCGCAGCAGCCUCCUCCCCUCCUCCCGGGUGCAGCGGGCCCCGCUGGGGAUCAUGUUCCAGGGGUGAGCUCAGUCCCAGGCGUCCCCACCGCUGCCUCUGCUGGGGCUGCUGACGAGGCACAAGUUGGCACCAACAGGACGAUCCCGACCGCAUGUGUGCGACCGACACAUCCUCUACGGAGCUUCACAAAUCCACUCCUCCCACCACCCAUGGGAACUAUUGAUCCCAAGGUGUACACCUCCAUGUUGCCACAGUCCAGUGCCAGCCUGCCAAAGCCACAGGUGAAGACAGCGUCUUUGGGUCAGGCUGGUAAGGCUCGGUCUCCCCUGCUGCCCGUCUCCGUACCAACGGCGCCUGAUUUAGUCGAAGAAGGCGGAACAAAAUCUGCGGAGGACUCAGCUGCCAAUGUGUAUGAACAGGACGACCUGUCGGAGCAGAUGGCCAGUUUAGAAGGGCUGAUGAAGCAGCUCAACGCCAUAACUGGUUCAGCCUUCUAACCGCUGACCCCCACAGACCACUCAACCCUAAAUCCUGUCACCUUCCUCAAGCCUUCGUGUCCCCUGCACUUCAUUCCCGGCAGCCAGGGAGAUCAGGUCAAUCUUGGUUUGAAGCAAAUCUGGGGAAUCGGACCUUCACCUGUGCCGAGGUAACCGGCGCACCAUUGACUCCGAGGACAGAAAGAAAGGAUUCUGUUGGAGUUAAGACUUUCAACCUUAAAGAAGAUGAACCAGAACACACCCAUUGCCUACUACCCAGACUUUUACCACGCAGGAAGAUGAUAAUGAAAAAAAAUGAUAUCAAAAGAUACGAUCCCUCCUGUUUUGCUUCUUUGUGGUAUUUAUUAGCGAAACUCUCCGCUGAGUGCUCUGCAGCUCAGUCACUGUGGCAGUACCUCAUUCGCUACCCAUUGUCCACGUUGGGAACUUUCCUUGUUCGUUUUUUUAUUUGGGAACGUCCAACCUGUGCGUCACACGAUAUGCAGAUGGACAAUGGGAGGAAAAGACGCAGUCAGCCGCCAAAGCUCCCCAAAACCAUCCACGGAAAUGACUCGGCAGUUUUUCUGACAAGCUUGACCACAACAAGUGUCAGCCCUGGGUAAAUAUCUGGAGCAGCACCAUGGCAGAAGCAUCUCGCCUCACUGAGGUCUCAUCCCGGGAAGCUUUUUGUAACAUUGACCUCUGUUUAGUCCCACGUGGAACUCCGGCUGAAGUGUCGCAGAGAGUUGUCUGGAUGACACCACGUCAACAUGAAGGGUUUUAAUUUUGUUUGGUUUCUUUUUUUCAGUUGAAUUAGCCCAGCUUACAUAACAGCUAAUCGACGAUUACAGUGUUUAAAAAGUAUAAUAUUUCCUGCGUAAUGAUGAAGGAGGUCAACUUAAAUCCAAACAAACUGGACCCGUCAUUGGUAUUAAGGAGUGUGGUGAGAUGUUCACAGUCAAUUGCUGGCUUCUUUGUGAACAGUCACACUAACUACGAGGCGUUUAAACAUUCCAAACACUUUCUCUUUAAAAAGACUUGCUAUGGACGAGUCAUGCUGUUUCACAAGCGACUAUCAGCGUUAGCAUCCCCACGUUUACACACCAGCGCCAUUUUGUUCACAUAUCUUACCAUAAGAAUUAGCUCAUCAUAUACCAAUUCAUCAUUUUGAGAUGUUUUUAUGCCUUUCAUGUCAAUAUACAAAAACGACCAUAGCAAAGCUCGCGUUUAGUGUUUGCUUGAAGCUGGCCUGCUUCUUAUUUGCAUCUCUUACAUAUGCUGUCACUAAAAUAAGUUACUGCAGCGACAGCCUUUGCUAUUUACCAUUAGCCACCGCGUAGCUGUCCAUCUCUUAAUUCUGUCAUCCAUCUUGACCUGGUUUGGAAUAAUUGUAGCUUUUCACGUUUACUUCAGGGGGUUACAUUUUUAUAAAAAAAAAUAAAUAAAAAAAUAAGAAAAAUAGGAAGUGUAAAUGCGCACAUAUUAUAUUGCAUAUUCUGGAGAAGUAUAUUUUUACAUUCUCAGUCCAGUGUGAGGUGUUUUCCUAAACGGUUUUUGACACAUUUUGAAGGAGCUUGUUUGGCCAACAUGAGCUAGGAAUUGUGCCGAUUGCGUGAUCCGCGGUGGAACCAUUGAUGCUUCAGUUGCUUGUGAGAUUUGGAUAGACGGAAGGAAAAGAUGAAUCGUGUCGAUGGCCGCUUUGUUUGUCAAGCUGCAGUGUGAAGUCGAGAGAAUUGAGUCCUGUCUUGUUGUGAACGUUAAUGAUAUUGCAUAUUAAUAUUUGACGAGUCAUCCCCUGCCAGUUGCAAUCCCAGCAGUCGGCCAACAGCUUUGGGAGCGGGAUUCUUUAGGAACACUUGUACGAGGUGUUCAUUCCUUCACAUUGUUGCUGAUUUGAGGAAUCCAAAUUUUCUUCCAUGAAAAGCGUCUCAGCAAACCAUGAUGCACUGUCAAGUAACUUUCACUUGGACAUCAAAGGAAUGAUCCCAUCUGAAAGUAUUGUAUUAGAAGGACAAAGUCCUUUCUCAACUUAGAAAGACAAAUGAAGCAUUAAUGAGCAAAAGAGGGAAAACAGUGAUGUUUGACUGCUGCACCCCAGUCGCCAUAUUGUAAUUUACAGACUUUUAUCUGGCUGUGAUGAAAGAGAAAAAGCCUGAGGGAGUGCAGGAGAGAGACGGAGGAGGUGAAUUGAUAUUCAGGGGUGGGAUGUAUGCGUGAGCAGGGCGUGCUGGAAUGAGGCCAGGAAUUCAUUACCAUGGCGUUUCAAACAUUAUGAUUCAAGCUCACGCUCGCUACACUGUUAUGGUGGCGGAGUGGAGUCCCAGCGACGGGCGGGAUGGAAGGCAAACGUCUCUGCAGAACAGACGCGCAGAUGAAAGGUGAGGGAGCGCAGGGCGGCAGGCGUCAGGGGAUCAAACUCAUCAACAUGUUGUGGGGAUGAAUGAGAAGUUGAAGCUCUUGUGUCUCCUGGCUUCAGCCACAAUGUCAUUUCAAAGAAGAAAAUCUGAUUUUAAUGCGAAAGAGAAAUGGAAGCAUCUGUGUCAGUGCCAGAAAAGCGAUGCGCACAUGUAGCUUUUGGAUAACACCAGUAGGAAAUUGCUUUCAAACUUGAGACCAAGUUUCUCAUUCCAUUCAGUCGUCAGUUAGAGCUCAGAAAUUCAGUUUGAGCAGUCAGUGAGAAAGACCAAGUCCUUCAACCAGCCGGCCUUAGCAAGUAGCAUGGUUAGCUCGGCUUCUUUAGGAGAAAGCCUGCGCUAAUGUAUUCACACACAAAUGUUACUUUAUGAGCCAAGAGCCUUGUUUGUGCAACCGUGACAAGCCUGUGACUCACUCCUGCUGUGAUGGAGGCCAGUAGGUCCACAGCAUCUACACACCUGCAGCAUCACACACCAUUUGUUAGUUUUACACUCCAGUGUUAAGACUCAUCGCUCGUCCAUGUUUUUGAAUCUUGGCAGUUAAACAACAGGCACAAGUGUUUUCCAAAUAGCAUGUCAAAGCAUCAGUGAGAAUCCCAGACAGAUCGGUGGGUCCUUCAAGGCCACGAUGCCUCUUUGCUGCGGUCACUCAGUCACAGUCACCGUCUGUCACAGCAUCUGCGCCAUCAGAAUGAACAUAAGAAUAAGAAUCUCACGAUUUAACUGUGUGGAAAUUGAAUAGCUGGUCUGUUUAUUGUGUCAGGAUUGUGAGUGAUUUCAUCAUUUUGGCUGAAAAUGUGUCUGUGCUGAAAUGAAACAAACCCAUGACUUCAUCCAUUCAUGAAAAGGCACACUUGAAUAAUCCUGUUUACUGAAAUAACUGUGAGUUUUCAGCUUUGAGCUCUUUAGCCUGUCACGUUCUGAUAAUUGCUUUAUUGCAUUUAGUUGGACCAAGUGAACACAAUUGUUUUGGUUUAAACUGACAACGUCCCAAAAAAUGACUAUCACAGAUCAACUUUUUUUCUUUUUUUUUUUUGUUUGUUUGUUAUUAUUAUUAUCAUUUUCAGCCUCAAAGAACAAAUUUGCUACCAUUUAUUUUUACCCACACAAAGUCAGAAUAUAAAUGAGGGCCAUCGAAAUGUAACUGGAUUUUUGAAACGUGAAUUCAUGUCAUAGUGUGGCAUUAGUUGAUGUUGGGACCCAGAGAGCAGGUAAUAGAUCAAAUUCAAAAUCAAAAAGUAAUUCUCAAUUAUUUGUUUCACUGCAAUUGUGCCGUGUUCACCCAUAAUUCGUUUUUAAUCGUGAUGACUCUUGAGUAACAGAGGAAAACAUGCAUGAUGCAAACAGACGUCACCUUCGUCCAAACUUUCAGAAAUCAUCUUUUCGAGUCCCUGUACUGACCAGACAUGAGCAUGAGUGCAGGUGAAAACAUUUUCAUUUUCAACAUACGCAAUGAAGCCUCAGUCCAGUUGGAUUUGUUUGACCUAACAGUGUGCUUUUGUACUCGGAAAAAAGGUGUUUUUGUGGACCUGCAGGUGAUGAAAGUAGCUAAAAGUCAGAAAUGAUGCCUCAUUGUGAGAAAUGGAAGAAAUCUAGCUGCUCAUACCGAGGAUGCUGAGGGGCAGAUUUGGUCUAAAGUAGGGAACAUAGUUUUGAUUCAGUUCUGUUGUGGCGAAGUAAAGGGUUAAUUUAAUGCAGCAUAUCCCUCGGACUGGUUCAUCACCUAAAUGUCAAACUUCCCACCUCUGUUCCGGUUGUGUGUCAGCCUUCCAUGCGUGUCUCACUGCGGAGGAACGAGUGGCCGCGGCGGAUCUUUGUUACAGAACGCUGCUUUUUUUAAACAAUGUAUAGUUCCACUAGAGUAGAAGUAACAUUUUUAUAAUCAAAUUUAAUAUAUUAUCAUAAUUAUCACUUUAUUUUUGAGUGUGCUUUAAAUCCAUUAUUUAUAACCUUUUUUUUAAUAUAAAUAAAUGUACUUUUAAUUUAGAAUGAAAUGAUGAAGGAUCAAAGGGGAAUCUUUACAUUUGUUGCCUUAAUUUUUCUUUUCUUUUUCAAUUGAAUUUAAUUUAUUGUUUUUUUUGCUUGAAGGGUUUGUGAGGAAGACACACAGUCACCACAGCGUCUGCUCUGUUCUAUCUUUUAAGAACAUUUUCCCACUUUUUACAUUUUAUUUUCAUAUAAUUACUCACGACUCUUUGGUCUGCUAGUAAUACGGCCUUAACACUUGUCCUUAAUUUGACAAGGUAUUUUUAGUAUGUUACAUUUUGCGCAAAGUAGCCAAAGUCAGAUGAAAAAAAACAAUACAAAAAAGGUUUAACUAGUGUAACUGAUUGUUUUAAUAUUUUUAAACACUGUUUUUAAUAGAUGGGGAAAGUACUUUCUAUAUAAUCAAACAACUUCUUCCCCAUGGCUAGAAUGGCGUCGUAGCCAAGUUAGUGGGCGACAGCCGGGUCCCGGGUCACAAUAAUUUGUUCUUCUGGUGAAAUUCUUGUGGUGACUGUGUGAAACAGACCAAACCUGAUAAGGCGGGACUCGGGAGGAUGGAGUCGCUCAUUUCAAAGAGAGAGUUCGAC